UUUUGAUUUCCAGUAUACAUUUCCAAUAUAUAUAUAUAUAUUUGUAAAAUUGCCAGCACAAUGGAAUACGGAAAUAAAGCCCGUCUUAUCACCAUGCUUGUAAUGACAGGCUCUUUCUUUUUGGCGGAAAUCGUUACGGGAUACAUGACAAAUUCCAUGGCACUGGUGGCGGACAGUUUUCACAUGUUGUCGGAUGUUUUAAGUAUUCUGAUCGCUUUUUUAGCUGUUCAUUAUUCCGGCAAGAAGAGCAAAACGAACACAUACGACUGGGCCAGGGCAGAAAUCUUGGGAGCAAUGGCAAAUGCUGUUUUUCUCAUGGCGCUUGUUUUCACAAUUGUGGUUGCUGCGAUACAGAGAUUGAUCAUAAUCGAGCCUAUCACACAGCCGUUACUCGUACUUGGAAUUGGAGCUGCCGGACUUGUAAUCAAUCUCAUUGGAUUAGUAAUUUUCGGUUCACACGGACACGAUCAUGGUCACUCGCAUGGACAUUCACACGGACAUGACCAUGGUCAUUCGCACGGACAUGACCAUGGUCAUACGCAUGGUCACUCUCACAACAGUGCUAAAGAUUCUCAUGGUAAAUCUCCCAGUCACGCACACGAUGAUGACCUCGUGACAGUCACCACCACAAUCGCGGAAAAUAAGCAAGAAGAAGUCGAUAACGCAGAAAAAAAUAAUAAUGUUGAUCAAACGACAAAGAAGAAAAAGAAAAGCAAAUCUGCUGCUCAGAUGAACAUGCAAGCUGUGUUUUUACAUGUACUUGGAGAUGCUCUCGGUUCCGUAGUUGUUAUCAUCAGUGCUUUGAUUAUACACUUUGUUGAGGAUGAAUGGAGGUAUUACGUUGACCCAGUGAUGAGUUUGGUCACUUCUAUUAUUAUAUCUUGGACAACCAUUCCUUUACUUCGCCGUGCAUCAAUGAUUUUGCUGCAGAAUCCACCAAGAAGUAUCAACGUUGACGAUAUUAAAGAAAAGGCGGCAAAGGUACCUGGUGUAAUGAGCAUUCACGAUUUGCACGUCUGGCAAUUGUCGGGUAACUGUGUUAUUGCUACAGUCCAUGUCAUUUUAGUAGACGGUUGUAAUUUUGUGGAAAUUGCUAAGAAAUUGAAGCAAAUCUUCCACGAAGUUGAUAUUCACGCAACCACAAUACAACCGGAGUUUGCUAUACAAAAGAAUACAAAGCAAGCGCCAGAAGAAGUAGAUGUAACUUUUUGUGAGUGCCCUAAACAACUUUCUGCAGGAGAACUACACAAUUGCAAUAUGAUCGGAUCCGAUUCUGGGGUCUCUUCUGAUGACGACUCUUCCAACUCCGAUACCACUUGUCUAUUGUCAUGUCUCUCAGACGAAUGUCUACCUCAUAUGUGUUGCGAUGGUGUUCGACAAAGGACAUUGGAUAAACCAUCGUUCGAAAACCCUGGCUACGAACCUCCAUCGUCCGCCAGCACAAACUCAACGUCGAAUGAUGAAAAUUGCACACAAAUUUGAGACAGGAUUUAUUGUUUCCAAAAAUGUAACGUUUAAUGAAUGAGCUUUAAACGCAGUUUGCUUCAUAUCCACAUUACAAUAAACGUCCGCAAUUUUUCUUUUUGGAGAGAGGUAAAAAAUAUAUGAAUAUAUACAAACACUGAGGACUAUGUGAAUUAUACACACAAUUAAUAUUUCGAAUGUAGAAUUCACAAUUAAGUGAGAUUUGAGUUUAUUACAUUCUGUAAUAUGGAUGUACAUGUAUACAAGCGUGCUGGAGUUAUAAGCUAUACCAACAUAGAAUAAUAAUCAGAUAAAAAAAUUGCCUAGGCAGAUUAGGCAGUAUCCACGUCUAUUACUUCAUCUGCUUCUGUCUAAAUAUUUAAUACAUUUUUAACUUUUUUAAGGUUAAAUAACUCCAAAUUCAUGUGCGAGGACCAUUCAUAUAAACUCUAAUACUCUAUAAUAUGUUUUUUUUUACAAAAUCUUCUAAUGUUUUAUAUUGCAUUGCACACUGUCUCGCAUUAUAUGGACGGCUGUUUAUUCAACAUAGAAAAAGUUUAGUUAUUCGAGGCUCCGUGAAAAUAUUACUUUCAAACAUGAACAAUUCCCCGUACGUUGUAUUUUCAGUUUUUAAUUUAUUGCUCGGUUCAAUGUUUUUUACAACAACAAAAACUGUGUUGAAUUCAUUUGUCUUAUUUCAAUGAAUAUAUUGCAAAGAAUUUCCAAUACGACUAUAUUGUCACGGCAUGGCAAACGCCCAUAUUGAACUAGUGAUAAAUUGGACCGUAUUUUUCAAAUAAAUAAAGUAUUGUUGUUAUUGUCGUGAGGUCACGUCGGUUCAAACCAUCUA